CUGUACUAGUAGAACAUAGCGGAACCUUUUUACUCUGCCCUCUGUUGAGAAUGAAUGACGGUAGUAUAUGUACGACGGACAGGCAUGGGUAGCCAAGUUGUUGCGCGUCAGGUUCUUCAGUUGGCUGUGAGAAAUAUCCUCCCUUCUGUAUAUAGUCCACUUCAGUUUGGGAGAUGCCACCUCCAGCCUCUGUGCACAGCGUGCAGAUUGUUCUGUUCCUCCACCAGCCAGAGCGCUCUCCAGUCAACGCAGCAAAGCCAUGAAAUCCGUCCUCUAUCCAAGAAGCCAGCCACAGAGCUAUCCCUAGACUCUCUGGUCGAUAUGGGAUUCACAGACUCCCAGGCGGAGCACAUACAAGAUGCCAUGUCCAAACUCGGAGGAGGAAGUGCUACCAAACAUGCUCUGUCAACUCUCACAGCUCUGUUUGUCUUGGGCCUCAAUCCUUCUAGUGUGCUGAAAAUUCUGGAGAAAUGUCCUGAACUGUACACUGUCAAGGAAUCACAGCUUCAGCAGCGCAUAGCCAACAUGCGGAAACUAGGGUUAGUUGAAGGCAGUCUUCAGAGAGUGGUGUCCCAUUACCCCCAGAUCCUGACUGUGUCUGUGAAGGCUGUAAAACACGUGGUGGUGUUCCUCAGAGAGAAGUGCCUGUUUACCAUCCAGCAGGUCACGGACAUCCUCCGAGAUAGUCCGGCCAUAGUAAUGGAAAACAUGGGUCAGCUGGAGUACAAGUUUCAGUACGUCUACUUCCGAAUGGGUGUCAAACAGAAAGAGAUGGUGAAGUCCAGGUUGUUCCGUUUCACUCUGGACGAGGUGCGCUGUCGACACUGUUUUCUGGAGCGCAGGGGCCUGUAUCAAACCCCAGACAAAAAAGGACAGACGUUGAUCCUCAACCCCAAACUGGACAGCAUCCUCGGCGUUGACCAGGACACCUUCCUCACGCAUGUCGCCAAUGCCUCCACAGAGGAGUAUGAUGUAUUUAAGAGACUGAUGGCAAGAGAAUGGCAGGAAGAGGAGCAGCAGCAGCAGGGCAACAUUGAAGUUGAUAGUGAUGAUGAUGAUGAGGAUGAGGAUAAAGAAGAGGAGGAGACUAGAGGGAAAAGUGGAUACAGGAAGAGGAGAAAGAAAUGACAGAGCCCCGUGGUAAAGACCAAGAGAACUUAAACUAAAAGAGGAAAUUACAUGAUUAGAGAAAAUGACAUCCUUUGUGAUAAAUGAACCAAUAAAAUGUCCCCUUUUUCUGUU